ACUUGGCCAUUGACGUCCCUGGACAUGGGAAGGUGGUGAUUGACAUUGGCUAUGGAGGCGCUUUCUAUGCCUUCCUCAGUGCUGAGCAGCUGGGCCUUGAUGUGUGCUCUUCAAAGACCAGAGACCUUGUCAGUGCAGCAAGUGCGGUGACAGAAGCGGUGAAGAAACAGUUCAAGCUUCAUCACCCUGAAAGUGAAGACCUGGCUUUCCUCUACGGCACCAUACUGACAGAUGGGAAAGAUGCCUUUAGUGAGGAGCCCACCACCAACAUCUGUGUGUUUGCAGAUGAACAGGUUGACCGAAGUCCGACAGGUUCGGGUGUGACAGCUCGCAUCGCCUUGCAGUACCAUAAGGGACUCAUCCAGCUGAACCAGACCAGAACCUUUCGGAGCAGCACCACGGGGUCCUUGUUCACCGGGAAGGCAGUGAAGGAAGCCAAGUUUGGAGACUACAAUGCUGUCGUCGUGGAAGUCUCAGGAGAAGCCUUUUACACCGGUACAGCCACCUUCACUGUCGAAGAGGAGGACCCGCUGAAAUACGGCUUCUUCUUCAAGUGA